AAGUUCCAUUGAGACUUUUAUUCUAAAAGCAAAAGUGUUUGAAAGCUGCAAGACGAGAUGGAGCAGACCGAGGUGAUGAAACCAGAGAGCCUGGAUGAGCUGAUCGAAGUCCUGCACAGAAUCUUCCAGAGUGACUGCAUCAAUAUUGAGGAGGUGCAAAACAUUAUGGAAUCAUAUGAGAGCAACCCCCAGGACUGGAUUAAGUUCGCGCAGUUUGACCAGUACAGAUACACAAGGAACCUGGUGGAUGAAGGAAACGGGAUGUUUAACCUCAUGAUUCUCUGCUGGGGAGAAGGACACGGGAGUAGUAUCCACGACCACACAAACUCCCACUGCUUCAUGAAGAUGCUGCAGGGUCAGCUGAAAGAGACGCUGUUCGACUGGCCCGAUGAUAAAUCCAAGGGGGGCAUGAUCCAGAAGUCAGAGAGGAUUCUCCAAGAGAACAAGGUUGCUUACAUAAAUGACUCCAUCGGACUCCAUCGUGUGGAAAACGUCAGCCAUACUGAAGGGGCGGUCAGUUUGCACUUGUACAGCCCACCCUUCCAGAUGUGCCAGACCUUUGACCAGCGCACCGGACACAAGAAUGCAGUCAAGAUGACCUUCUGGAGCAAAUAUGGAGAGAGGACUCCCUUUGAGACAGCACUCUCUCGGGAGAACAACUAAGAGCCACCGCCCAUUUGGAACAGGACGACGACAAACGUUGAAAUGACAAUAUCAAAUAAAUCUGAAGACAAGUGGUGGAGAGGUGAAGAUCUACGACUGAAAUCAGGAGCGGACCGCUUCAGAAGAACAACCCAGUAAUUAGGAUGGCUUUAUAGCUGCAGUGUGAGCUUGGCAAAUACGGAUGAGCACAGAAUGAAUGCAUGAAUAGGCUUGGACAUAGAGUGAGUCUGCCCUUUGUUUGCCCGGUCUGAGAAGACCCCUUUCCCAAUAACAACAUUCCUGUCUGUCCGUGACCGAUGUAACCGCACUUCUGCGUGAGCGGUUGUUGAAGAGUGGCUUUUCAGAGUGGUCUUUUGUAGUUCUUCUAAAAUCCUGUGGAGAGAAAGUCCGCCGCUCCCUCCCUUCUAAUUCUGUCUGUCUUGCACUUUUAUACCUGUAUUCCCCAUUGAUUUGCAAUAGUCUUAACAACACUUGGAAGUCGGAUGAAAAUGCCUACAAAUGUAAGCUUAGUUCCACUCGGGAGAAAUGUAAAGCUUUAGAGUUUUGUUGUUUUUAAAGUACUUGUAAUUUAUUUUGUUCACUGAGUGUUUGAAUCACGCUUACAUGUCUGAGUGUGGACCAAGAGAGAGAUUAUUUUGUAUUACUAGUGUGUGUAGAUGAACUCAGGACCUUCGGCAUUUUUAAAUUUGUAGUUGUAUUUAUAUAGUGUAGUUUGACAAAUGCGGAAUUUCUUUCAUAAAGUGGAUGUCCAAAUUAUUACGUUACUUACUUUUCACAGAACUUCAUUUUUUGAACUGUAUUUCUAAUCGCUGUAUAUAUGGAAAAGGUAUUUUUCUCACUUAUAUUAUCCAUAAUUCCUGAAACAUGUGUUUCAAAAACAUACUUCUAUAUCAAUCACAAGUAUCGUAGCGAGUGACGGUGCUGCUCACCGUGUGACCAGGUGGGAGGCCAGCCAAUGGAUGUCUUCAUGCUUUGUCCUGAAAUAAAGCCAGUUGGGUUGUCAUUUUGUUUUACGUGUUCAGGCAAAUGGAAGCAAGGAACAGAUGAUUCGGUUUUGGUGGCGUUCCACAUUCCCAUCUUUGCACGGAUUCUUCAUUGUUCAACAACUGCAGGCGUCUGUUGCAGCUGUGCUGUGUUCAGGACCAUUUGCAAAUGAACGUACCUUGUAAAAACACCAUACAACCAGUUGAAUUAAAACAACUUCUACGUGGCUGUGGUGUG